AUGGGACUGAAGUGGGUCUCGAUGUACUGCCCUCAAACCAGCUUUGUGGUGAGUGUAGAUUCUGACAUGAUGAUUAACAUUGUUACACUGGUGAAACGUCUGUCUACAAUGCCCAAGACUAAAUUUGCAGAGGGACAUCUUCAGACCAACAUUCCCGUGAGCAGGGCCAAGACAAAUAAGUGUUACAUGCCAAAGGAGGAGUUCGCCGAUAAUUUGUAUCCACCUUUUCUUCAAGGCGCUUGCUACGCAAUGUCUCGAGAUGCAGCUAACGAGCCUGUUCGAGUGCGCAUGACAGUUACAGUUCCAUAA